GACGGAACAUUCCGCUUGUGCUUCUAUAGAUGGACAAACGUAUUUACGUGAUUCCAGUUCAUUGAUAGACUGUAUGUGAGUUUCUGCAGUGGUCGGGUUUAUUGGUAAUAAUUACAACUUUAGGGAAAUAUAGUUAGUUUUGGACGUUUUUCGUGGAUCUUAUAUUAUCUAUCAGUGCGAAGUGAUUUUAGACAGUGAUUGAUAAGGAUUUUUUACGGCUCAUUUGGUGUCAUAUCCAGGUGACAAUGGAGAUGGAACUUAUGAUAGACGCUAACAACAACUCUUCAGAAAAGAGCUACUCUCUAAGACCUCGCGCGGCCCCGAAGAAGGAUGACGAAGAUUCCGAAGACGAAACUUCUCGACCAAACGCCAGGAAGAAGAAAAAAUCCAAACAGAAACCGGGACGUCUUAGCAAAUACAGGAGAAAAACUGCUAACGCGAGGGAAAGAUCGAGAAUGAGAGAAAUAAACGAAGCCUUCGAAGCGCUCAGGAGAGCUAUUCCUCACUUGACUCCGAAUCCCGAUAACGGAGAGAAGUUGACGAAGAUAUCAACUUUGAGACUCGCCAUGAAGUAUAUCACAGCGUUGAACAACGCGUUGAACGAUUCUCCUGGAGAGUCUGAUGGGGAAUCGUUCUUCAGCGAUUACAGCUUGACUCCUUCAGAGCCACGGGAACACUCGAUGACUCCCUCGUCAAUCAGCGACCAUUCAGACUUCUACGACCAAUUCUUCCAGAAGAGUCUCUCAGAGAAUAUUUCUCCUUGUGAGCCGACUGUUCUCAACACUGCGGAACUCACUUUUCCUGUUCGUGAAUGUGAUAAUUUAAGGAACUCUGACAACACGCUCAGAACCCUAACCACCUCCAGCGUUCCUCUUGAACCUCUACCUCCGUUCUAUCAGGUCUCCACCUCAAUCCUCACCCCGGAGUGUGACAGAGGCCAGACGUAUCAUUCCACUACCCUCCAAGUUCCUGAGACUGUAUUUAAGAACCCGUUCACUCCAGAACUACAAGAAAGUCCUGCGGAUUUGGACAGUUUGUUGUACCCCUCAUUGAACUUUGAUGAAUUGUUUAUUACGUGAUGUUGAAAUAUUUAUGUGAAUUUAAGACUACUUAUACCAUGGAUAUGUGCCUUAUUGUAAGUACUGAGAGCCAUAAAUGCAUAUCAAUUAGGAUUAGUGAGAAUGAUAAACUAUUUAUAGAUGCAAUUGUAUAUUAAUAUUUCUCUAUGCAGAACUUUCAUAUUUGAAGGUUUUGUGAAAACUCUUAAGGCAUUAAAUGUUGUGAAAACGUGUAAAGAAGGUAGUUCAAUUGUUAUAAUGUACGAUAUAAGAGAAGAAAACCUCAACAAAUCGAAGAAUAGCAAAUAUUUUCAGAGACUCCAACACUUUGAACGUUAUGCAUUCCAUAUAAAAUAUGCAGAAACCAAACUCACUACACUAGUAAUUUUUAAAUAUGAAUUCUUAAACCAUAUCAAAAACAAUAAUAAUGUCUAUACAAUACAUUCCAGUUAGUAGUCUGAAUACAAAUACAUUUUAAUAUGCAUUUAUCUGUGAAAUUAAUAUGUUAAUUGGUGGUAUUCUUAUGAAAUUUAAGUUUUUUCGUAUAAUUAUUUUAAUUUUCGCAAUGGCAUAUUGUUAGGACACAUUACAUACGUCAACAAUCUAAUUUAACAAAACGCUCAACACGAAUCUAGUUAAAAUAAGAAUUAUAUAGACGAUCCGAACAUUGAAACACCGAUAAUCAAGCAACAAUUAACACAAAAUGCAAUUUAUUUGUUUAGGCUACUUCAAAAUUCAUUCCAUGAGGGUCACACAGUUUAGACAAUCAUUUUGAUUUCCAUAGUUUAACUCACAAAUUGUUUACUAUUAAAAUAACAAUUAAGAAUUAGAUUGAUUGAAAACCAUUAGUUGCUAGCCCAUUUUCAUUGGUACAUCUUCAAGUUAAAAUUGGUGUAACGUAAAACUGUUAUAGCUCUAAACACUAAAUGGAAAACACCGCAGUAUCACGCAAUUACUACUCGAUACAGGAGCGAGUAAAAAUGUACUUAAAUUUCAUUCUAAAUCUAAAUAAGAUAACAGAUAGCAUUAAAAAUAUUAUUAUGCCUAUCUUACAGUUUUUGUAAGGAAGACAAAAAAUAUAUUCAUACAUUUAUUUAUACAAAAACUAUUUUCAUAACAUUUCCGAUAAAAAAAAACCCCUAUAUGAGUGUACGUAUCUAACGAUGGUUGAUUUGGAGAUUUUUAGGUUGUAUACAUGUCCCUUUAAAGCUGCAUCGGUUUUGGUGAUGAAAUUACACCAACUUUUAAAAAUCUUGUAAAUUUGGCCCAGCAUUAAAAUUAAACACUCCCUCAACCAUUCUUAUACUAAAAGAUUGCCAAAAUGUACAAAGAAGUUAAACAAUAUAUCAACAUUACUGAUUUAAAUUUUCUUUUUACAGUACAUGUCUAACAUAACUUAUUAAAACUAAUAUAAUAUGAAUUUUUGAACAAAAAUAUAAAACAUCCAUGAAUAACUUAUUUUGAGGUACCCUAUUGUAUUAUAUAUUGUUGUACCUUGCCUUUAUCUUUUAUUUAAAACAAUUAAAUUACGUAGACUACGAAGGUAUCAUAACUUUUAUUGCUGGACUACACAGUACUGCCAAUAGUUUAACGUUAUUCAGUUUGGGAUUAUGGAUUCACUGUAAUCGCAUUUUUUGUGUAUUUGAAUCCUUACUAUUCAGUUAAUGUAGUUUACUAUUCAUUUAACGAUGUUACUACUGAUAUUUAUUGAUUGACUUAAAUCACUUAAAAGGAGAGAUUUAUUUCUAUAUGUACUAGUCAUUAUAAUGUAACUAGCAGACGAGCAAGGGUUUAAUUAAGUAACUAGACCUACCUAGCUUUAAGCUGUUAGAUAAGAAUGAUUGUAAAUACAUAAGUGAUA